AUGCCAGAGCAAGCAAGCUGCAAACAAAAAAAGGAACAGUUAGACAAAAAAAAAGCAGAAAAAAAGGGCUGGCCCAGAGAAGAGACUAAUCAGCCCUUUGAGGGGGACCGCACACUGGCACAAGCCAUACAGUUCAUGUCAGACAGCCUUGGAGCUCGUGAAUUUGCCUAUGCUGUCACUGAUGGCAACACUGAAUGGGUAUACAAGCACUUGAAAGUGAUAGGAAUGCCUGGAUCCUUUUGUGGUGCCGGUGACUUAUUGCAAGAGCACUACAACCUCCUCCUUCAAGAAUUCUUGGUCCAUAUUGAUAUUCUGUGGGAUGCUCAAAUGAAGAAGGAUAUGCUGACAAAUUUGGGACUUGCCCACCGCACAAACAAAGAACCUGAGCCUCAUAAUAACCCCAAAAUAGAAACAUUACUUCAAACCUACUGUGAAACCGAGCUUCACUUGUUUUGGCAACAAAGAGAUUAUGGGGAUUGUGAAGUAUGCAAUUUUGAAAGAGGCAUAAAAAAGCUAGCACAUGGGAGAGUCAAAAAGUGGAUUGACAAGACAACCAAGUCUUGUGGCUUGAUGGUUGGCAUACAGAAAGUACACAAUGGUGGAGAUAGCAAUAGAAUGGAGGCUCAAACUGCACCAACAGAAGAGCAGUGGAGUAGCGAGAGUGAUGCUGAAAGUGAAAUUGAGGAAGAACAUGAGUUUUUACAAGACUUGCCUAACCUUGGUAAUUGUUUUAUUGUUGAAGGAGAUUUGAUACUAGAUUAUGCUGAUGAUGAGGAAGAUGAGCACACUGCUGUACUGCAGAUAAACAAGUUAGGAAGUGAUGGUGAGGAUGUAGGGGAUGAAGACACUGAUAUUGAUGACAAGGGUAACUAG